AUGACGACAGAUGUAGUGAAAAUAGAACGUACAAGCCUGCCCAUGCCAGUGGACGAGCUAACCAACGAUGCAAGCGUUGCCAGCUGCAACAGCGUCAGUGCACCCACCGGUGUUGGUAGCGGAACCGCCACCGGAAACGUUGCCGGGACACCGAAAGAAUCGGCAAAAUCACAGAAUCUACGGCGGAACAUUGCUAAGCCAACUUUCGAAAAGGAUAAGUACAGCUUCCUGAAUGAUCUGCAAAUGUUCCACGACAAACAUGGUACACCGUACUUGAAGCUUCCUAAGAUCAGUGGAAAGGAUGUCGAUCUUCACAAGCUCUACUCGAUCGUGAUCGGUCGAGGAGGCUGGAUGAAGGUGAACGCUCGCGAAGAUUGGGAUGAGGUCAUUGAAGAACUGGACCUUCCGACGCGUUGUGUGAAUAAUGAGAUCGCACUUAAACAAAUAUAUAUCCGUUACUUGGAUCGUUACGAACGGGUAAACUUUCACGGAGAAGAUAAAGAUCCGAUUGAGGACGACGAUGACGAAAAGCGGCUUCAUCGACGUUGGUCUGUUCGAAUGCUACACUCCACACCGUCGGUGUACAACCAUCAUCAACACAAUGUACCGGAAGGAUUACGCUCUUCGCUCAAGCUUUCCGACGAUCUGUAUCGUGCAUCGGAGUAUGAUAAGCUGAUCCUUUCGCUGUUGUCUCCGUUGCCGAAUGAGCAAGAUUUUGCCAUUAAUGUAUGCACGCUGAUGUCCAACGAAAACAAGCACACGCUGAAGGUUGACAAGUGUCCGAGACUGGUGUACGCGUUGCUUGCCCACGCCGGAGUUUUCAAUCACUUUUCGCUAAGGGACACGUUCGACGAAUACUACUCGAACAUACGGAAGAAUUCAUUGCAGCGGUUCUGGAAGGAAUGUCUUUUCGAGAAACCGCAAGUGUUGGAAUUGUCGCUGGAAGACUGUUUCGCGAAAAUGGGCUCUGAUCCUAGCGCGUUGAUUGCAUCUAUUUAUCCCGAAGAACCGGAAGAUAUGGACACUAAAUCUGGCAACGAAAAUGAAGAUGAAAAUGAAAACGAUUUUGAGAUAAUGAGCGGAGGAUUGAACACGGCAUCGCUCCGUUCCUUUCUCAGCCUAGGAACGGGCCUCGGAACGAACGAUUACAUUGGGCAGCGAGUGCUGCAGAUUGCUUCCAUCUUUCGCAAUCUAAGCUUCAACGAGGAAAAUCUGCAUAUGCUUGGACGCAACCGUACCUUCAUUCGCUUUCUUAUUAUGUGUGCUAACGCGCGAUGGAACAAUUUACACCAUCUUGGGCUGGAUAUGCUCGGUAACAUUGCGAACGAGAUUGACAUAAACGAUCCACAGUCGGACGAAGUGACUCGAUGCCUUGUGUCAACACUUUCCGAAGGUUUGGAAGGUGCAGAUCGCGGUGUGAUCAUAAGCUGUAUGGAGGUGCUUAGCAAAAUUGCUCAGAAAGAAUCUAAUGAGGAAAAUCUGAACCGUUGCCUCAACCAGAAGCUGUACGAUCAGAUUAGUCUGUUUCUAUGUUUGAACGACAUCAUGCUGCUCUUGUACACAUUGGAAUGCAUAUACUCUCUCACAUCGAUGGGAGAAAAACCCUGCAACGCCAUCAUGCACAUCCGUGGCGUGAUCGAUACGCUUGUGUCGUUGGUGACGGUGGAAGCCCAAAGCUACGGACCCGAUGCGUGCAUACUAAUGCGUGUGGUUGAAACCAUUCCGGGCAAUAUGGCCACGCAUCAUGCGCAAGGCACGUAUUAUCAAAAUACAGUCGGUCAGGUGGGACUAUCUAAUCCCCCGCCAACGAUGACCCAACUGACCGUUCACAAAGACGGUGGACAGUUGCAGGCUGCAGGUGCAGGUCAGCAGAAUAGCAACGCACACCUCGUAUAUCCAACGCCUGAGGUACCAAAGCUUCCUUCACUGACGAUCACCAGCAAACCAGUGCCAUCUCCCCCAGUCGUACAACAGCAGCAACAACAACAAACCCAACCCCAACAACAGAUGGUACAAUCCGUUCCCCAAGCAGUGCCACCGAACCAAACUGCCGUUAAUAAUACCCAAAUCGUAAGCGUCACUCGUCCACCGGCAGCCGAUUCGCCGCAGAUUCCCGUGAAUGUAAUUGCCCGUACCGAUCCAGCAGUGGCUGUGCAGCACGGCACGGCAUUUAAUCAGCAGACGGCAGCAGUGACAAGCGUCGCUCCACAACCUCAUCCAGCACCGCAACAACAAAUCAUUACGCCAGGAGGUGCAGUAAUUCAAAGUCCUACAGCUGCACCGACAUCGAUCGCGGCCAAACACAUCCAGCAGCAACAAGCGCAAGAAAGCGAACAGUUUGCCUAUGCUUGGCUGAGAGCAUCGUUUGAAGCAGCACCGGCCGUUCGAAUGGAGCAGCAGGAACUGUAUAAGCUGUACCUGUCCACGAAUGGCAAGCUCGGACGAAAAGUGAUUGUUCCGCUGUCUCACUUUCCGCGCUGUGUGCGUGCCGUGUUUGGCGGGACGGUGGGUCCAGUACAGUUAAAAAUGGAACAGAAUGGCGUUGAAACGAUUGGGUAUUAUUACGAGGGUUUAAGGCUUCGCUCCAAACCACUGCCGAUCGUGCAUAAAGGAACAGUGCUGACACCUGCUGUAGACUGUACUACGUCGAUUGGUACUAGCACUAAUAGUAGCUCCAUCACGUUGACAAAAGUCGACGAACAAAAUCAUAAUAAAAUAACCACUAUCAGUUGUACUACUACCAUCACCACCGUUACGACACAAACUGCAACUGUCGGUCGAGAGAUGACCAUUUCCAACUCAGCCAACACUGCUGCAACUGCGAUAGCAAAACCGUCAAGUACUGUCAUAAGCAACGUUGGGACAACUGGACGUCCUACCACAGGCUCUACAGUUUCCACCGGCCCAGAAUGCCGGUUGGUUGAUGUCACGUCAGCACAGGGAUCGCUCCGUUCCUCCUCGGUUAUAGCAAUGGCACCGCCAAGUAGUAAUCCAUCACCACCUGCACAAAAGUCGCAGCAACCACCUCAAUCUGCAUCCGUGCUGCAUAAAGCGAUACCGCUACAGGCGGUGAAAUGUUCGCCACAACAAGUACAACCCAAAGCAAUCAUGCAUUUCACCCAGGCCCAAUCGGCAAAACCAUUCGAUCCUAAUAGUGGCGGAAGUACAACGUCUGCAGCGGGCUCGGUAGGAGGAUCCACGACGAUCGGCAAACAAAUCAUAGUCACUCAAGUGGGUGGCAAAAGUGUCGUAAUCAAUAAGACUGCGUCCGGCCAACAACACCAGUACAUACCGUCGACACCAUCGUCACCUUUGCUGCAGCAAGUUCUUAGCAGCGAUCAGAAGAACAACGUCAUCGUGGUUAAUCAGACGACGAUCUCACCGCAACCCGUUGGUACGAGCCACAGCAUUCCCGGACCCAGUACGCAUUUGCAUACCGGCACUGGCACGACGACGAUCAUGAACCAGUCGGGGACGAUCAGUUCCACGACGACGAACCCGUCCGCGCUGAUCAAGAGCCUGCUGGCGAACAAGGUAACGACAGCGGUCACCGAUAGUACGCUCUCCGCUGCUACCGUUGGCUCUGCCGCCGCUGCUGUUGCUGCUGCCGCUGCUGCUCCUUACUCCAGUAGUUUGUCCACUACUACCAUCACCAAUUCUCCUACUACCAAUUGUUUGAUUGCACCGAAUGUUAACGUGCAUCAGGUCGCGCAAAGGCAGCAAAUGCAGAAACAGAAGCAAAUGAUCGAGCAAAAGCUUCACCCCAACAGCUCCAUCAAUCCAUCGGUUGUCGUAACGUCGAACAACCCGAACAAUCUAACCAAUAUCAAGGUGGGCAAUUCGACCAUAUCCAUCAAACCGGGCACACUGCCCACCAACACGGUCAUAACAGCGACGAACCCGCAUGAAACAUCGUUUAACGCGCCCCCUCCGCUGGCACCGCUUAGUCAACCGGGUCUUCAGCAGGGUACGAUCAUCAAAACGAUCGCUGCCCCUCACGAUCCGAAUCAGCAUCACACGGGUACUCCGGGCAAACUGUUACCCAACAAGGUACUUUCGGAGCUGCUGGAGAAGAAACCGGGUGAAAUGAUUAUCGCCGGUGAGACGACGAUUAAGCGAAAAUUCGAACUUACCGAUGCAUCGAUGGAACCCCCCAUGAAACGACUGGAAGGUGGAACAAAGACGGCUGAUCUGUACGCCGAGUUGGCCGGCUCGAUAACGGAGGGCGAGGAUGUGGAAGAUGCCGAUAUGAAAGCUGCACAAGAUGCUGAACAGCAUGCUACUAAGGCGAAGCUGCAGCAAAUCACGCACCACCAGCAGCAACAACAACAGCAGCAGCAGCAGCAUCAACAACAACAGCAGCAGCAACAGCAACAAAUGAUAACAAUGCCCGUGUCGAUGCAGCGGCAAAUAAUUGUCACACCAAACAGCGCCCAGCCAAUGAUCAUUUCGACGCCGGCAGCAAAUGUCACUAACAAUCCAACGCCGCAGCAAUUAACAUCGCAAACGACGGCCACCAUUAAAACGGAGAGUGGGUUCCAAACGGUGCCGAUCAUACUGCAGCACAACGCGAUCGGCGGCGGUACAUUGCAGCUGCAAAAGGCAACGGCACCGGGCGGUGCGAUUAUGCAACCUUCGGUGCUGGCGACGCAACAUCAGCAACCGACACAAUACAUCCUUGCCACCAACCCACAGGGCCAAACGUAUGUGGUGGCACAGCAGCCCCAACCGCAGCCGCAACUGCAACAAACGGUGCUGCUCGCGCAAGGGCAGCAGCACGGCGGUAGCGGACAGAAAACGAUUAUCAUCGUGCAGCAGCAGCAACCACCAUCCGCAACGUCCAUGCCACAGAUGACCAUGCAGGGAACGAUGGCCCCGAAUCAGGGGCAAGCGCAAAAGAUUUUCCUCAACCAACAGGGUCAACAGAUUCUCAUGACGCAGCUACCUCGGCAGAUGAUCGUCAGUCACGGUGGGCCGACCGUUCCAGGCGGCGCUACGAUCAUCACGUCCAGCGCACCGUCAGUCAUGCCGGGCAGUGGCACCACAAUGAUCGCCACACCCGGUGGCAGUGGUGGAACGAUUAUCGAAAAGAAACCGAUCUACAUCACCACGAACGCACAGGGCAAUCAGACAAUCAGUUUCGAGGGACCACCGCAGCAGCUGCAAAUGCAGACGAUGCAGCCGGGCAGUGCCGGCAGUACGUUCCAGAUCAAACCGUACGGCAAUGUGGGAGGAGGAGUACACGGACAGCAUCAGCAGCAGCAACAGCAGCAGCAGCACAUUAUUCAGCAAGCGAACCUUUCGGCGGGUGGAUCAGUCGGUCAACCAACGAUUCAAUUCAUCCAGCAUCAAGGUGCAACAUUGAUGCAGGCACAAGGCCAACUACCAGCGACAACGCAAAGUAUGCAACCCGCGCCGCAAAUCGUUUUCCACGGCGGCGGUGGUACGGGUGGACCACAGAUCAUACAGCAGCAAAUUAUUCAGUCCGCAACUGCUCCUCAACCGGGUCAGCAUAUCGUCCAAAAGGUAAUGCAUCAGCAACCACAGCCACAACAGCAACAUCUGUUACAUGCAGCUAUAAAGCAGAAUCCUUCACAAAUAAUAACAGUGCAACAGCAGAAGCAACCGAUAACAACAACCAUUUCUACGCAACAAUCCCAGCAGACCCAACAGUUGCCGCCAAGCUUAUCGAUUCAGCGCCAAGCAGGACCAUCGUCACAGUCGAUCAUUACUACCAAACCCGUGCCCGUGCCAAAUGUCAACCCGCCGGUGGUACAGGCUUCAACGUCUGCCCCAACUCCGGGUUUACCGGGAGGUAAGCCACAGCAAAUCAUUCAGGUCGUGCAGCAAAAGCUAGCAACAGCACCCGGCGGCAAUCAGACUCAAGGUGUUGUAGCUGGUGUAGCUGGUCCACAGCAUAUUCGACAACCGGGACCAACCGGAUCCUCGGUUGUUUCCCAUGGUGGUACGGCGUUGGCACAAACGUCCGUCACGCAUACGAUCGUGACAAGCCAAUCGGGAGCGGCAUCACACACCUUGCCGAUGCAAUCGAUUUCUGCCCAACCCAGUGCUAGCGGGAAUGUUCCAACGGCAACCAUUACUAGCGCGGCAGCUAGUCAUCAGGCUGCAUUGGCACAAGCAGCUUCUGCUGCAAACGUUGCACCAUCGCCACCGGUUCCAGCCGCAACGGUACCGUCAACAUCUGCACCGAUCACCAACACGAUCACUAUUCCGAUGUCCGUUGCGACGGGCAGCGGUACCACCAGUACCUCCAUCCAAAUGAUUCCGGCAAUGGAUCCGCAAAAGAUCGUGGAGGAGGACGUCGAUCCGAGCUGGCCGUGGGUAUGCGAUUGGCGCGGGUGUCCCAGGAAGAAGUUCCAAUCCGCUACGGAGGUGUUCCGGCAUGCCUGCACCGUCCACUGUCCCGAUACGGUCGACGUGAGCGCGGACAUUUACUGCCAGUGGGGACUUGGGCCAAAUCUUUGCGACAAUUUGCCCCGCAAGCGAUUCUCGCUCAUGACGCACAUUCUCGAUCGACAUUGUACGGUGGACUCAUUCAAGGCGGCCGUCCAAAGGCGACUUGCCGGUGGACCACAGCAACCCGUCCAACCGUAUCCGGUGACUCUGGUGCGCCAAUCGGGACCGGGCAAUGGUUGCGUGGCGGUUGCUACCAGUGCAGCGGCUGGUGGUUCGGGUGAACGAGGAUCGCCAACGCCAGCAUCCUGUACCAAGGUCGAUACAGGCAGUACGGAGGGUGGCGCAAACGGGAACUCAAACGGACCGGGCCAACUGUCCGCAGCUGGACCGGCUGCGAUGCAUGCAAUUAAACGUUAUUCUAUGGAAUAUGUUAAUUCUAAAGAAUUCCAGGACGAAAUGGAAGGUCCUGUAACGAAAAGUAUUCGCCUUACAUCCGCCCUCAUCUUACGGAAUCUGGUUGUUUACACAAAUUCGGCUAAAAGAAGCCUGCGCAUGUACGAGGCACACCUGGCCGGUGUGGCGCUUAGCAACGUCGAAUCGAGCCGUACGGUAGCGCAGCUUUUGUUCGAAAUGAAUGACACAGGGCCAAAUUACUAAAGCAUUCGACGCGCCUCCGAUGCAUUGUUUUACGGUUACAUAUGCAUUUUGUUUUAUUUUUAAUCCGUGCUACUUGCGCACGACAACACAAGAACGCCUUAUUAACACAUUUUUGUCCUUUCACACUGAAUUGUGGUUGUAUUUUUACCUCUUAGCUGCACACUUUCAAGAUACGAAGAGCCGGGUAGGGUAGUAUAUGGAGUCAAAGAGAAAUAAAAACAAAAAAUGGUUGACAAAUGAUUGAAAGCUACAGGA